AUGCAAAUUUACGACAACUUUGUCAAUAGCCCGCUCCUCACAAACACCUGGUCCCCCGCACAUGAAGCGAUUCUGCUAGAGCCAUACACGUACAUGACUUCGCAACCUGGCAAGGACUUUCGGACAAAGAUGACUGCAGCGUUCAACGACUGGCUCAAAGUGCCCGAGGAGCAGCUCUCUCUCAUCGCAAAGAUUGUUCAGAUGCUCCAUAAUGCCAGCUUGCUGAUGGACGAUGUCGAGGACGAUGCCCAAAUGCGACGUGGAAUCCCCGUCGCACACAAGAUCUACGGUGUUCCUCAGACGAUCAACUCUGCCAAUUAUGUCUACUUUCUCGCUUACAAGGAGCUAUUCGCGCUCCGAGCAUCCGACGACUCGCACGAGGGGCUAGAUGAGAUUGUAAAUGAGGAGUUUCUCAACCUACAUCGGGGUCAAGGGCUCGAAAUGUUCUGGCGCGACAGUCUGCAGUGCCCAACCGAGGAAGAGUACAUUAGCAUGGUCAACAACAAGACUGGCGGCCUCCUUCGGCUUGCUGUGAAACUCAUGAUGGCAAAGAGCGAAUCGGAAAUAAAUUACGUCCCCCUUGUCAACCUCAUUGGGGUCUAUUUCCAGAUCCGAGACGACUACAUGAACCUACAGUCGGAUCAGGCAUUGAACAAGGGCUUUGCCGAGGACUUGACAGAGGGCAAGUUUUCGUUUCCAGUGGUGCAUGCAAUCCGGUCCAGCACCUCCAACCGUCAAAUAAUAAAUGUUCUUCAAAAGAGACCGUCAACUCCAACUACAAAGCGAUACGCAGUCGAGCACAUGAAGAGGGUUACGCAUUCGUUUGCUUAUACCCGCUCUGUCCUCAAUAUCCUCGACAAGCAAAUAAGGGAAGAGGUCCAUCGUCUAGGUGGAAAUUCCAAGCUCGAGGCGCUUCUGGACCAACUUACAGUUCCGGACGCGGACGAUGACGAAGCUUCUGAGUAG